AUGGUUUUCUUCAUGGUGUUUCUUAUGCUUAUUGGGUUAGAAACAACCGCAGCAACAGCAUCGUGGCCGCCGUUGGGAGUGUGUUCCGGACGAUGCGCAGACAAUUUGCCUCCUGCUGAUGAAGUAGUAAAUCUCUACAAAACAAAUGGAAUUGGAAGAAUGAGAAUAUAUGAUCCUGAUCAAGCAAUUUUGCAAGCCCUAAGAGGCUCCAACAUAGAGCUUGUUAUUGGCGUCCGUAACGAAGAGAUUCAGUCGAUCGCGAAUAGUGUUUCUUCCGCGGCCGAUUGGGUUCAAAACAAUAUACUGAAAUAUUCUAAAGAUGUUAAGUUUAGAUACAUUGUUGUUGGGAAUGAAGUAGAUCCGAAUAUCGACGAGGCCUCAAAAUUCGUCCUCCUCGCAAUGCAGAACAUUUAUGCAACUCUCACAUCUUCCAAUCUACAAAACCAAAUCAAAGUUUCAACAGCUAUAGAAUUGAACUUGUUGGGAAUGUCCUAUCCUCCAUCUUUAGGAUCAUUCGGUCCUUCUUCGAUUCCGUUUAUAACUCCCAUAGUUAAAUUUCUUGUGGAUACAAAAGCACCACUUCUUGCAAAUGUAUACACUUAUUUCAGCUACAUAAGUGACUCAACUGAUAUUGAUUUACCCUUUGCUUUAUUCACUUCGCAAAGUCUUAAGAUAAGAGAUGGAAGUUUUGAGUACCAAAACCUAUUUGAUGCAACAUUAGGAGCAAUUUAUGUAGCACUUGGGAAAGUUGGUGGUGCAAAUUUGGAAAUAGUGAUAUCAGAAAGUGGAUGGCCUUCAGAUGGUGGUGUUGCUGCAACAGUUGAGAAUGCAGAAACUUACUAUGAGAAUUUGCUUAAGCAUGUGGCUAAAGGGACUCCUGCUAGACCUAAUCAACCAAUAGAGACUUAUCUGUUUUCCAUGUUUGAUGAAAAUAAUAAAGGACCUAGUGAAAUUGAAAGACACUUUGGUUUGUUUAGUCCUAAUAAGCAGAUCAAAUAUCAAAUUAGUCAAUUACUUAAGUCAUCUACUUCUGGAAGUUCAUCUUCUUAUAUGUGGAGAGAAGGAGUAAUGCUAUCCUUUUGUUUCUCUUUACUAUUUCUUAACUAUAUUUAG